UCUUGUUCAGCUUCUAAAUCAACCUCAUCUUCCUUUCCUCCAUCAGAUGAUUGUUCCCCCUCAACUUCCUGUACAGCUUCUAAAUCAACCUCAUCUUCCUUUUCUUCAACAGAAGAUUGUUCCCCCUCAACUUCCUGUUCAGCUUCUAAAUCAACCUCAUCUUCCUUUGAUCCAUCAGAAGAUUGUUCCCCCUCAACUUCCUGUUCAGCUUCUAAAUCAACCUCAUCUUCCAUUUCUUCAACAGAUGAUUGCUCCCCCUCAACUUGCUGUUCAGCUUCUAUAUCAACCUCAUCUUCCUCGUCUUUCCCCUCCUCAUUGUCCUUUCUGCAACUCUCCUCAUCACUCUCUUCACAACUCUCCUCCCCCAUUUCCUUAUCUGCCACGUCUCCUUCUCCCUCUUCAUCAGUUGACUCUCCUUUGUCGUCCUCUUCCGCCACCUCUUUUUCGAUUGGGCUACCCUUUUCCAGCUCAUCUUCCACAGAAUCUGCUUCUUUUUCCUCCACAACCUCCGGUUCCUCAUCCUCUUCAUCAACCUCGUUUUCUUUGUCUGUAAAUCCCAUUUCUCCUGAGCUAUCGCCUGUGGCCUCCCCUUUGUUGCUGUCUGUAAACUCCCCUGGCUCGGUCUGGCCUUUAUCUAGUUCUUUUUCAUCUAUUCCCUGCUUACACCAUUCCUCCUCCUCACUCUUCACCUCAAGGAUUUCCUUGUUAACGUCCUCACCCACCUCUGGCGUGCUAGCUUCCUCCUCUUUCCAUCUUUCCAUGUCAUCCUCUAUAUUGUCCUCACCAGCUUCAUCCCUCUCCCUUUUUGCCUUGACACUCUUUAAACUGUUGUUGUCUUCAUCCUGUGUCUCCUCUAGUACUUCUUCCUUAUGUAAAACCUUUUCAAACUCCUCUCCGUGUUCUACUUCAUUCUCCAACUCUGUCAACCUUUCCUGAUAUCCAUCUUUGAGGCUAUCU